GGCCGGGGGCCCCGACACGCUCCGGGCCCCGGGAAGGGCCGGGCCGGGGGCUCCGGGCCGCCGCAGCUUCCCGGACGGCGGAGCCGGGAGCGCCUCAGGUGGAAGAUGGGAGUGUUCCCCUCAUGUUUUAGGUGAAACUUGCUUGCCAUGAAAUCCCGAGGGAGGUAGAGGGACUGCAGUGGGAAUUCCUUCUCACUCCUCCACGACAAAUCCAACAACUGCCUAAUGGGAUGUCCUCUCUGCCUGGCGUCAUGGGGAGCUGCUGCAGCUGUCUGUGCUCAGACAGCAUCCCAGACAACCACCCCACCAAAUUCAAGGUGACCAACGUGGACGACGAGGGGCAGGAGCUGGGCUCGGGGGUGCUGGAGCUGGCGCCGGGGGAGCUGGUGCUGCACUCGCACAAGCGCGAUGCCGUGCGGUGGCCCUACCUGUGCCUGCGGCGCUACGGCUUCGACGCCAACCUCUUCUCCUUCGAGAGCGGCCGCCGCUGCCGCACCGGCCAGGGGAUUUUUGCCUUCAAGUGCUCCCGAGCAGAGGAGAUCUUCAACCUGCUGCAGGAGCUGAUGCAGUGCAACAGCAUCAACGUGGUGGAGGAGCCCGUGGUGAUCACCAGGAGCAGCCACCCCUCGGAGCGGGAGCUGCCCCGCAGCCCCCAGGGCCCCACCAGUCUGGGCUACACUGGACUUCCCAAUGGAUUUCACAGCUUCCCUGGAGAAUCCCUGUCCUACUCUGCAGGGCAGCACCCCUCAGUGAGCAGCCUGAGACAUUCCUCUGUGGGGGAAGACUCUACCCACCCCCUCCUGGGGCCUGAGGAGCAGUCCCACACCUACGUCAACACCGGGGAGCCGGAGCCGAGGGGCCGGCACUGUGUGCACUCCUUGCCUGAAGCCCACCCUCCUUUCCCCCCUAGGAACCACAGCUGCUCCCUGGAAGACCGAAACCCCCAGGUCUUCCUGCAGCCAGGGGAGGCGAAAUUCGUGCUGGCUCCCAGCUCCGGCUGCCGCCGGCCGUGCCCACAACGCCGGCCGCACCUCUGCCCUCCCAACAACAACAACAACGAGUGCCAGGAGGGCUGCCCGUCCCCACAGUGCGUCUAUGAGAACCUCAAUGGCCUGGUGGCCCCCAGCACCUCAUCCCUGAGCCGCUCCAAGGCGUCCCAGGAGGAUGGGAGCUGCUGCCAGCGCCGCUCGGCGCUGCUGCACUACGAGAACCUGCCGGCGCUGCCACCGCUGUGGGAGCUGCAGCCGGCCCGGCAGGGGCACGAGGACGCUGGCAUGGCACCCACGCCAUCCCCAAAUGGUUUCUCUGAGGCGGGCGAGGAGGAGCCCCUGCAGAGCUCCGCGGCCUCGCAGCCGCGCCGCGCUUUCCUGCCCAGGGCCCGGCGCAGCCGCCUGCCCAACGUCUUCAGCUUCGACUUCCCCCGGCCUUGCCCGGAGCCUCCUCGGCAGCUCAACUACAUCCAGGUGGAGCUGGAGCCCGAGCCCUGCCCGGGCCGGCAGGAGCCGCGGGCCAGCCCCGGCGCCCGCCGCGCCAACUCCUACGCCAUCAUCGACCUCAAGAAGACGGCGGCCAUGUCCAGCCUGCAGCGGGCCCUGCCCAGGGACGACGGCACCUCGAGGAAAACGCGGCACAACAGCACCGACCUGCCCCUCUGAGGGCCCCCCGUGCCAGCCCCGUGGCGUGGCUUUGCUCCCUGCCCCUCGCCGUGUCCUGCCCCGUGGGGCUCCCA